ACCACUCUACCUCACACAGCGCCCCUCCCUCGAAGACCACUGUGAAGGACUGUCCAUUCCAUUUGUUACCUUCCUCCUUAAUGAACCCCACAUAACCAAAGGCUGUCUACUUUUUCCUUCGUAUACCUUCCUCUUCUUCUUCCCCCCCUCUCUCCCCCACCUCCGACAAUGACCAGUCCCAGCAGACCCGUGAAAUCCCAUCAUGCCGAUCCAAACCCAUUCACCCGGCUGAUCCGCGAUUCCGAAGGAAGUACCGAUCAUGGUACCUUCACCUCCCAACACUUCCGCGACUCCCGUCCAGGCUCUCCUCGCGUCGUUCCUAUAACCGCAGGGUCGGAGCCCACUGACUCGAUACGCUCAGGUAUUUCCGGACGUGGGACCUUCCUUAAACGAGCCACGACGACGGCGGAGUUGGCGGAGAACGCGGGGGUCAAGAGGCCAUGGCUCAUGUACAUGAGUUACUACAUACCAUGUAUUGGCUGGGUCGGGAGGUAUGAGUGGAGUUUUUUACUCGGAGAUGUCAUUGCUGGAGUGACUAUGGCUUCAUUCUACAUCCCAAUGGCACUCUCGCUCUCGGCGAAUCUGGCGCAUUUACCGCCUAUUCACGGGUUGUAUGGGUUCGCCAUUCAGCCGUUGGUUUACUCUCUUCUCGGAUCUUGUCCUACUAUGGCUGUCGGCCCUGAGGCUGCAGGGUCACUACUCUUAGGCUCGGCAAUUAGGCUAACGAACGAGCACCAUGGAUCUCCGUUCGACGAUCACGACGGAAGCGAUUUUCAGAAUGCUAGGCUUGCGGGGCUCAUCACUGCCAUGACUGGAUUAAUUGCGUUUGUAGCUGGCUUCGUCCGACUUGGGUUCUUGGACAGUGUUCUCAGUCGACCGCUAUUGCGAGGCUUUAUCUCCGCUGUUGGAUUUGUCAUCCUCGUGGACCAGUUGAUUCCAGAAGCAGGUCUAAUCAACCUUGCCAAGGAGCAGGGUAUCACCCACGCUAGCACAUUCGCAAAAGCAGUCUGGCUGAUCAAGAACUUCAAAAACGCCCACGGCCUGACCUUCGCCGUGGCAGGCGUAUCCUUCAGCAUAAUAAUAAUUGGCCGUCAUUUAAAGAAGAAGUUUGAAAAGCGAGCACCAUACAUCGUCUUUCUCCCCGACCGCUUCCUCGUCGUGAUUCUCUCGGCAAUCUUCACAUACGUGCUCUGCUGGGAUAAGCAGGGACUCGAUAUUCUAGGGAAUGUAGACACAUCUGGCGGUGUUUUCCGGUUCCAUUUUCCGUUCCAAUUGCAGCAUGUUACCAAGCUCAGAGAAACCCUAUCAACUGCAUUCCUGAUAUCCGUGUUGGGAUUCUUCGAGUCCGUUGUAGCCGCCAAGAGUCUAGGAACAACGCUCGACCUCAACAUCUCCUCAAAUAGAGAACUCAUAGCCUUAGGCACAGCGAACAUGCUAGGCGGGUGCUUUCAGGCCCUCCCAGCAUUCGGUGGGUACGGUCGUAGUAAAGUCAACAAAGCCACCGGCGGCAAAACACCCGUCAGCAGCAUGGUCCUAAGCACACUCACAAUCCUUUGCGUCUACUUUGUCCUCCCAUACUUCUAUUACCUCCCCCGCUGCGUCCUCUGUGCCAUGAUCUCAGUGGUGGCCGUAUCCCUCCUAGAAGAAGCCCCAGAGGAUAUAUCCUUCUUUUUCCGCAUCCGCGCAUACGGCGACCUAGCAACAAUGCUUCUGGUUUUCCUAACCACAAUAAUCUGGUCGCUAGAAACCGGCAUUGCAAUCGGUGUCGGCAUCUCGCUGAUCCAGGUAAUCCGCAACAGCACGCACGCGCGCAUCGAGAUCCUCGGCCGCGUGCCGGGGACAGACACCUUCAAGUCCGCGGAGGAAGUCCCCGCCUCAGAACUGGAAGAAGUUGAAGGCUGCCUGAUCGUGAAGAUGACAGAAGCACUAACAUUCGCCAACACUGGCGAACUGAAGAACCGCCUGCGAAGGCUUGAGCGCUACGGAGACGUGCGCGCGCACCCCUCACUACCCAGGCUCCGGGGCCUGGGCGAUACCGGAGGGGGUGGCACGAACAACGUGAUCUUCGACGUGAAGGGCGUGAAGCGCAUGGACGGCAGCGGUACACAGGUGCUCCGCGAGAUAGUGGACGGGUACGUGAAGCAGGGUGUCGCCGUGUGGUUCUCCCGAGCUCCCAGCGUGAAUUCUCGCCUUUGGAUGGGCUUCGUUGAGAGCGGGAUUAUGGAGAGGGUCGGCGGUAGGGAGCACUUUGUUGGGAGUAUUGAUGAAGCACUAAGGCUUACGGAGGGGAGUAGAGGGGCUAGCCGUGCCGGGGAAGUCGGUGUUUAGUUUAAUUUACGGGGAAGGGGUGUAUUAUACCGACAUUCUAUAUAUCAUAUACAUUGCAUGGAAACGAGAAUACACGAUUUAUUUUUUUGGA